AUGACUGACUCCAUCGCUCCGCUGUCGGGCGAGAAGGAGCUGGCAAGGCUCCGCACCCCGACGUUCCAUGACUUCCAACCCCAACAUCGAGCCAGCAGCGAUCUCAACCGGAGGCAGUACCAGCUCUUGAAGCUUAGCUGCUCGUUUGACGUAUUCAUCGGAAGCAAGUACAGCGGCGUAGAGGACGAAACUGAAGUCGAAGGUGAAAUCAGGCUCCUCAAUGACUACCUCGCAGCCUUGGUGACAGCAGACGAGAUCCCAGGUUUCCCAUUCAUGGAUCUCAGCCCGGAGCUGCGAAACCGAGUCUACCAAGAAGUCUUGAUCCUGGACAACUCUUUCACUUACUUCCCUCAAAUCCGGUCGCCUUGGAUGUUCUCCUCUACCCACCUCCUCGGCACUUUGAAAGAACUUCGGUUUUUCCGGCGACGCGGUCAACUACUCCCACAACGCACGUCCGCAGGUCGAAUUGGAGGAUGCGAUGACGAAUGUGCAGCGCGCGAUGACAGCUCUCUGGACGCAAUUCCCGGCCUUGAGGGAUCGUUCCUUAAUCAGCAUCAGAAUCCCACCCUCAUCCACAUCCCCCCACGCGGAACGUCAUACUCUAACCAAGCACUAUCUCAAGAGAGAGAAUUUGGUGGAUCUGGACCGAAAAGCGCAGAAGACGGAUCGGAGGGACUGUCCACGAUUAAGCCAUGUUAUGGACGCAAGACGGAUUAA